GUAGUGCGGGUGGCCCGGCCUGGCUGCAUUGGCGCGGCAGGAGGCGUGAGGGCGGUAUGGGCCAGGCUGACUGCCCACAGCAGCUGUGCGCGGUGGCAUGCAGCAGGGGGCAGGGAACUCCUAUGCCGAGAAGCUCAGCAUUAGCUGUGCGGGAGCGGGCGUGCGGGAGAGGAACGGAGGCGCGCUGGGGGCAGAGGGCGGCACGGCGCAUGGGCUCAAGCUGGUGCAGGAGUCCGCGGUUGCGCUGUCCGUCCUGGAGGGCGGCAUGCUUACUUUGGUGAUGGCGCUCUGCGUUUGCGCUGUGUCCAAGUGCCCUGGGCAUGAGGAUUCUGACUGCGAGGACCGACUUGUCUCCGACGAUGACCGGCCCUCAAGCCCGGCGUCUUCUAUCGGCGACAAGAUGGACAUGCACAUCGCCGACCGCGACGGCUUUCCGCCUGCUGACAACGAGCCCAAGCCCAAACUGCUGUGCGCUGCUGAGACUCCUCUGGGCUCGCUGGCUGAUGGCUCCCUGAAGCCUGCUGUCACCGCCCCGACCUGCGACACCAACCCCACCUGCCCGAAGCCCGACGCCAUCGACGGUUCCGACACCGAUGCCCUCGACUUCACCAUUUGCUCCUGCCUGCACGCGAGCGGCUGCCCCCUGGUCAUCAUCGACCACUCCGCCGACGAGGUUGCUCCCUACAAGCCCGCUGGCUCUGGCGCGUACCGCCUGAUGUUCCAGACAUUCACGAAGCACUGGGCCGGCGUGCAGCAGGCCUGGGACACCAUUCAGGCUCUGAAGGCUCGGGCCACGAACCGCCUACAGCAGGCACUGCGCUGCCGUUUCGACAUGACCCAGAUUGGAUCUGAUCUGGUGCUCGAGUACCUGGCUCAGACGGUGUGCGAGCUUGAGACCCAGGCUGUGUGGGACCUGCAGGAGGCCGGCCAGUGGGAGGUGGAAUGGCAGGUCCGCCUGCAGGCCAUGCAGCUGGCGGUGCGUGAGGCAAAGGCCGUGGCCGAGCACGGCUGGCUGGAGAGUGUGGUCUCCGUGCCUGGCUUCGUGGUGUGAAGGCCCUGUGCGGCCGGCCAGCGGGGAGAUGGACUGACCUAUCAAAAAAUCGGUGUUUUUCAACACCACCCUAAAUGGCAUCCUGGUUUUGAGCUCGGGGUUGGGUGGGAACAGGGAACGGACUGCAAUCCGUGCAGGCGGCAAGCAAUGACGUACGGUACGGUACAGGCAAGGUCAAAUCGACAAGGAGUUUCAGUACAGGACCGUGAUGGCACGGAGUGAUAGUGCUUGUCUUGAGGAGUCGAUUGACGCCACUUUGGUAUAAG